UUCUAAUGUGAAAGCUAGAUUGUACCAAUGGUUAUCAACUUGAAACUUGUCAGCAUUUUUUUGAGCACCCUUCAAGUCUAAAUACUUUUAAGUCUGCUGAGUCAUGAUGCCUGUGUGCUCGAGCUCCCUCCCCCUCCCUUGCUGCCUUGGUCAGCUGGCUCAGAAAACAGGCUAGUAAGUGGUAGCUGCAGUGUCGGUGGUCCUCUGCCGCCUGAUACCUCCUGUACCGCCAGUGAAGGGGGUACCCACUCGCCGGUACUGCCAGCAAUUUUUUUUCCCCCCUUAAGAAGCAGGGAGGGAAGGCUGAUGUCAUUAAGAGACCGUGAGUGCAUGAGCAGUCAUGUCACAUGCUGCUAGGUGGGUCAGCUAUGCAGAUGGAGAUGCAUGGCACACGCACGGGGCGCAGAGGCAGCAGGUUAGCUCCCCCGUCAUCCAGGAGACUGGCUUGGCUUCAGCAGGCACCAGGAGGAUGCUCUUUGAAGGCGUGCCUGAGAUGCAGUCGUCCCGGGUAACGCAGAGUGUGUCAGACUUGGGCUUGGGCCUCCAGUCUCUCCGUUUGUCUGGCUGGGACAGACCUUGGAGCAGUCAGGAGACUGAGUCACUCUCCUCUCCCUCCCAGGUUCAGACCAGUUCACCUUCAAUGCUGGGCAUCCUGAACAGUCCCUAUAGCAGCAUACUUGGAAAGCCUCCAUCUUACCCGCCCUCUGAGUCUGUAAACAUGACCGCUGACUUCCUGGAGAAGUUUCCUGGCAUGGCUCGCAUGGUGACCCGUUUGGACUCCAGCUGCUUUUUGGAUUCGCGCUCUAGCAGCCCUGAAGACUCAGAGACGAGUGGCUUCAGCUCUGGUUCUGACCACCUCUGUGAUGUGCUGUCCUCUCUGCGGAUUUCGCCUCCCCUGCCUUACGUAUCAAACAUUCAAAAGGAUCUGCUGCGACUGGGCUCCCGUUUGGACCCCCAGGACACCAGCUCUCCUCUUACGCCGCCAUCCAUCGCCAGCCCGGCCGCCUCUGCUCUAUCUCGCCGCUGGCGCACUGGAUCUCCGUGGCCCGGUGUGGACAUACUGGACCAGCCGGAUGAAACAUUUAGCAUUGAGAGGGAGGCGCGCCUGCAUAGACAGGCUGCAGCUGUGAAUGAAGCAACCUUCACCUGGAGCGGUCAGCUGCCUCCCAGAAACAACAAGGAUCCUCUCUACUCCUGCAAGGUCUUUCUUGGUGGUGUACCUUGGGACAUCACAGAAGCUGGACUCAUCAACACAUUCAGUGGCUACGGUCCUCUGACUGUGGAGUGGCCUGGUAAGGACGGAAAGCACCCUCGCUGUCCUCCCAAAGGUAAUGUGGCAAAAGGCUAUGUGUACCUGGUUUUUGAGAACGAGAAAUCUGUGCGGGCUUUGCUCCAUGCCUGCUCACAGGACCCGUUUCACCCAGAGGAUAACAGGGAGUACUACUUCAAAAUGUCCAGUCGACGAAUGCGUUGCAAGGAUGUGCAGGUUAUUCCCUGGGUCAUUUCUGACAGCAACUACGUGCGCUCCCCUGCUCAGCGUUUGGACCCCAGCAAGACUGUGUUUGUGGGCGCACUGCAUGGCAUGCUGAAUGCAGAAGCGCUGGCUAGCAUCAUGAACGAUCUGUUUGGAGGAGUCAUGUAUGCAGGAAUUGACACAGACAAACACAAAUAUCCGAUAGGGUCUGGACGUGUAACGUUUAACAAUCAGCGAAGUUACCUGAAGGCAGUCUGCGCAGCAUUUGUGGAAAUCAAAAGCUCCAAGUUUACCAAAAAGGUCCAGAUUGACCCUUACCUGGAAGACUCGAUGUGCCAGGUUUGCCUCCGCCAAGCCGGGCCGUUCUUCUGCAGAGACCAGGGUUGCUUCAAGUACUACUGCCGCACAUGCUGGCAUUGGCAGCAUUCUAUGGACAUCCUGAGCAACCACCGGCCUCUUAUGCGCAACCAGAAGAAUAAGGACUCCAGCUAGGAGGGCCAGGAGUCAGUCCCCCUAGGGGCCAGGCCGUAGAGCACAAGCCGUCCGGACGGCUGUCGGCGUGUCGCGCGGGGAACUCCACCAGGCACGGGGGUUAUCACUGUUGGAAUGUUCACUUUUUGCACUUGCUCUAUUUUUGCUGUUCACAGUUGGCACUAUGCACCGUGACCUUGUUGGGAGAGACAAGGGACCGUUCACUUUCCAGCAUCAAACGCCAGAGUUCGUUGAAGGGUAGGAAGUGAAGGAAAAUGCCCCCCCCUUUUUUUUUUUUUUUUUUUUUUUUUUUUUUUUAGUUUACAUGUUGCAUAGUGAAGAGCAGUCACGCAAGUCUCAUUGCCGUUCAUUGGCAAACACCAUAGUGCCUUUAAAGUUUUAGUUUCCCCCCCCCCUCCCCUUCCCCCAGUUGGUGUUUUUUCCAGUGCGAGCCAACUGGUGUUUCUUACUUUGGGAGUUGAAUGUUGGGCUUCAUUUAACCAGUCGCAUUUCAGACUUUUACGCAGUUUUUUACUAAUUUGUACACACAGCGGUUUUAAGUCAUGACAUGAGAAAUUUGAACAGAAUUCUACCCGGUGGCUGUUUUGGAGAAAACCUUUUAUUUCCCCCCCCAAAUCCCAGUCCAUUUUUGUUUUUCUGACUGCAUUUUAUUUGCCCUGCCAGAUUUCAACAUGAAGGGCACAGUUUGGAAGUCCCACCUAACUUGCUUUGUUGCGGUUAUGUCAAAUGUGGGUUCCAGUAGUGUCGGAUACUGCUUCAACUGAUCAUCCUUUGUUUCAAUCGAAUAGACCUUGAGUGAAUGUUUUUUGUUUCAACUUUUUUUAAUUUGCACUUGUGGAGAGGUGGCAGUAGUUUUAAUCACAUUAUUACAUUGUAAGGAGGAUGUGGCUGUGAUGGAGCCGCUGGCCUCCUGUUGAAUGUAAGAACUUCCACUUUGUUGACCGAAUUGUCCACCCAGACCUUGAGUAGACUCCAAAUGCACACUUUGUAAGCCUUGUCUGCCUUCCUCUUGCAGAUGGAUGUGAUUGCAUAAGCGGUGUGCCAAAGUCUGAUUUCUCUUGCUCUCAAGUUCUCUUCACCCAGCUGCUUUUUACAGUUUGCAAAGUCUACCUCAUUGUGGUCUGCCAAGUUUGCUGCUUACAGUUGUGGAGUAUGUUCAGAUUGGGCACAUUAAAGGUGUUUAAGCAUUAAA